AUGGACGUGUAUCCUGACCUCCACUACACUUCAGCCAUUGCUCCAGUUGGCUGUGAGGAGAACGGCCGCUCAUACAGGCUGAACGAACAGUGGGAGAAACGCUUCCUUGGAAGUACACUGGUGUGCACCUGUCAUGGAGCUGCAGGGAUCAAAUGCAAAACUAAGCCUGAAGUGGAGGAGACCUGCUUUGACAAAUACAACGACAGAACAUAUCGGGUCGGCGAAACCUACGAGAGACCGAAGGAUAGGAUGAUCUGGGAUUGUACCUGCAUUGGAUCAGGUCGAGGCAAGAUCAGCUGUACCAUCGCAAAUCGUUGCCACGAAGGCGGGAACUCAUAUAAAAUCGGAGAUACUUGGCAGAGGCCUCACGAGAGCUCUGACUACAUGCUGGAGUGUGUGUGUCUCGGGAAUGGCAAAGGAGAGUGGACCUGCAAACCCGUGGCUGAGCGUUGCUAUGACAACACCGCUGCCUCAUCCUACACGGUAGGGGAGACCUGGGAGAAACCGUAUCAGGGCUGGAUGAUGCUGGACUGCACUUGUCUGGGAGAAGGAAACGGGCGCAUCACAUGCACCUCAAGGAAUCGCUGCAACGACCAGGACACCAGGAGAUCCUACCGUAUCGGAGACUCGUGGACCAAAACCGACACAAGCGGACACACGCUGCAGUGCCUGUGCUUAGGAAACGGCAGAGGAGAGUGGAAGUGUGAGAGACACAACACAGGACGGGGCACAGGAUCAGCGGUGGUGGCCACCAUUCACCCACAGCCUCUGCCACUACCACAGCCUGUCACCGCGGGAACGUGUCGCACAGAUUCCGGAACUACAUUCUAUGAUGGACAGCGCUGGAUCAGGACCCAGGGCAACAAGCAGAUGCUGUGCACAUGUCUGGGCAACGGAGUGAGCUGUCAGGAGUGGGAGGCCCGGGCCCAGGUGUAUGGUGGCAACUCCAAUGGUCAGCCGUGCGCAUUUCCUUUUGUCUUCUUGGGGAAGACCUACUACUCUUGCACCUCAGAUGGACGUACGGACGGGCAGCUCUGGUGCUCCACGACCUCUGACUAUGCGACUGAUCAGCAGUACUCAUUCUGUACUGAGAAAAAUGCCAUCGUAGCAACACGAGGUGGGAACUCCAAUGGUGCCAUGUGCCACUUCCCAUUUCUCUACAGUGGUCGCAACUACACCGAUUGCACCUCUGACGGGCGCCGUGACGGUAUGAGGUGGUGCGGUACCACCUACAAUUAUGACGCAGAGCAGCGCUUUGGAUUUUGCCCCAUGGCUGCCCAUGAAGAGGUGUGCACCACCAAUGAUGGAGUGAUGCAACGUGUUGGCGACAAGUGGGACAAACGCCAUGAUGUCAUGGGUCACAUGAUGGAGUGCACCUGCAUGGGGAACGGUCGAGGGGAAUGGAGUUGUAUUGCGUACUCUCAGCUGCGAGAUCAGUGUAUUGUUGAUGGCUUGACCUAUGAAGUAAACCAGGCCUUCUCCAAACGUCACAAUGAAGGAUACAUGAUGAACUGCACGUGCUUUGGACAGGGACGGGGGCGAUGGAAGUGUGAUGCUCUCGACCAAUGUCAGGAGCCACAAACCAGGGACUUUUAUCAGAUUGGAGAGACCUGGUACAAAGUCAUCCAUGGUAACCAGUACCGCUGUUAUUGCUACGGCAAUGGCAUUGGAGAGCUGAGAUGUGAGCCCCAGCGAGCAUAUCCAGGUACUGAAUCUGCAACACAGCCAGUUUAA